CCGCCCUGUAGGCGCCGCCCCCCUUUGGGCGGGCGGGCGGGCCCGACGCCGGGGCAGGGCUGCGCGGGCAGCGCCGCCGCCCGAGGACCCUGGUGCCAUGCUUGAUGAUGCCAAUGCCAGCGACCGUGACGAGGAGGAGUUUGAUACGAUUGCAGGCGCGGUGGAGGUGGUCGAUGAGGAGGAGGCCGAGAUCGACCUGUUUGGCGAGUCGACCCGCGGCAACCUGCACUUUGCGGACGAGGACGACGCGGAGCCGCGGCGGCGGCGCAUCGACGACGUGCUGGGCCUGCGCAACGCCGAGGACAUCCUGGCCAUGCCCUGGGCCCAGCUGCGCUCGCGCUCGCAGGCGCUGCUGGGCGAGCUGGGCAUCCCGCCCUCCACCUACCCCAACUCCCAGCCCCAGCGCGCGCUCUUCACAAACCGCACCCUCAACCUGCGCAGCAUACAGGCGGUCGGAUACGAUAUGGACUACACCCUGAUCCACUACGAUGUGGAGGCCUGGGAGGGCAAGGCGUAUGCGUACGGGCUGCAGAGCCUGCACGAGAUGGGGUGCCCGGUGGAGGGGCUGCGCUUUGACCGCAGUCUCGUCAUCCGCGGGCUCAUCAUGGACACGGAGCUGGGCAACCUAGUGAAGGCCGACCGCUUUGGCUUUGUCAAGCGCGCCAUGCACGGCACCCGCAUGAUGACCCCCGCCGAGGUGCGGGAGAGCUACGGGCGCGAGCUGGUCAACCUGCGCAACGAGUCGCGCUACGUCUUCCUCAACACCCUCUUCUCCGUGUCGGAGGCGGUGCUGUACAUGCAGAUGGUGGACCGCCUGGAUGCCGACGCCAUCCCGCAGCAGGUCUGCUCCAACUCCUACCACCAGCUGCACAAGAUGGUGGCCAAGGCGCUGUUCAGGGCUCACGUGGAGGGCAAGCUGAAGGCUGAGAUCAUCCAGGACCCGGCCGCCUAUGUGUCACGCGACCCCGAGAUGGCGCAGACGCUGCUGGACCAGAGGCAGUCAGGCAAGCCAUCUCUGCCCAGCCGCAAGACGCUGCUGCUGAUCACCAACUCUGACUACCACUACACCAACCGCAUGAUGAGCUUCGCCUACGACCACUUCCUGCCGCAAGGCCAGACCUGGCGCGACCUGUUUGAUAUGGUGAUUGUGAAUGCUCGCAAGCCCGACUUCUUCACCUCCUCCCUCUCCCUGUACGAGAUUGUGACCGAGGACGGCCUCAUGCGCCCCUCCUACUCCCUCAAACGCGGCGGCGUCUACUGCGGCGGCUCGGCUGCGCUGGUGGAGAAGGCGCUGGGUGUGACCGGGGACUCCAUCCUCUAUGUUGGAGACCACAUCUACACGGAUGCCGCCCUGGCCAAGAUGAAGCUCAACUGGCGCACCGCGCUGGUCAUUGCUGAGCUGGAGCUGGAGAUCGAGGCUCUGGCGCAGGGGCGCACGCACCGCCAGCAGCUCAAGGAGCUGCUGAACAAGAAGGACAUGGUAGGCGACUGCUUCAACCAGCUGCGCCUCGCCCGCCAGCGCACGCUCAACGAGAAUGCUGUGGUGAAGCCGGGCCGGGGCGGCCGCCCGCUGGGUCCCACCGCCUGCGCCUCCAUGGACGAUGAGCAGGACAUGAACGACACGCUGGGCCAGCUGCUGAUGGUGAUGCAGCUGCUGGAUGAGGAGAUUGGCCCCAUGAUUGAGGCCGACGGCAUGCACUUCAACAAGCGCUGGGGCUACCUGUCGCGGGCGGGUGUGAACGACAAGAGCCAGCUCAUGAGGCAGAUCGAGAAGUAUGCGGACAUCUUCACCAGCCGUGUGUCCAACUUCCUGCGCUACACGCCCUUUGAGGUGGGCUGGGCCAGGGGUAGCUGCCACCGUGGGCCAGCAGGGCAGGGCAUACUUCCGCUCACCGGCGCAGCUGCUGGUGCAUGA